CAAGAAUUAAAAUUCACUUUAACGAGCUCAACUUCACAUUCACAAAAGCAAGGGCAUUACAUGGAAAAUAAUUCGCAGGCUUCUAAUUUCACUUUAACGAAUUCAACUUUACAUUCACGAAAACAGGAACCUCGCAUGCAACCCAAUUUACAACCUUCUAGUUUUAAAACAGUGAACUCAACAACAAAUUCGCGAAUGCAUGAGUCUCGCAUGCAAAUUGUUUCACAGGCUUCAUCAACAAGCUCAACAGGACAAACACGCAUGCAAUGUUCUCGUGUACAAACCAUUUCACAAGUUUCAAAGCCCACUUCAUUAACGAGUCCAGGACAAACACGCAUGCAAGGGUCUUGUGUGCAAACCAUUUCACAGGAUUCAAAGUCAACUUCAACAACUAGCUCAAUAGUACUUUCGCGGAUGCAAGGGUCACGUAUGUCAACUAGUUCUGCAAAAUCGACUGCGGUUGCAAAACCUUCUGUAGAAUCCGGUAAAAAUUCCGGGUUGGUACCGGAUUCUGUGGAAAAAGAGACGAUUAGAUUGAAAGAGGUUGAGCCUAUUAUCAACGAACCGUUUGACUUUACUACGGUUCGAACUGAAUAUCAAUACAAAGACCCGUCUAAAGAGUCGCGAAAAACGGAUAUUCUUGAAGCUCCUGUUCUAUAUCCAACUCCUGAAGAGUUUAAGGAUCCUUAUGCAUAUAUUGAAAGCAUCGCACAUAUAGGUCAUUGUUAUGGUAUCAUCAAAAUAGUUCCCCCCGAAGGAUGGAGACCUCCCUUCGUGCUAAAUACGGAAGAAUUUAAGUUUAGUACCAGGAAGCAAACAGUUAAUACAAUGGAAGGACAAACUCGAGUCAAGUUAAAUUACUUGCAACAAUUACAGAUGUUUCAUGCUCAGCAAGGGAAGAAGAACUUUGUAAAACCGCCAUUAGUAGACAGAACUCCUAUUGAUCUACAUCUUCUUGCUAAAGUUGUCGAAGAAAAAGGCGGUCCUGAAGAAAUUUCAAACAAAAAACAGUGGGCUGAAGUUGCAAGAGCAAUUAGGCCAGAUGGGUAUUCGGCAAAAUGCACUUCGCUUUCCAAGACUAUCAAAGAGAAGUAUCAGGAAAUAGUUGAGCCUUAUGAAACAUAUAUCGCAGAUGUUAAGGCAGAAUGUAGGGAAGGCCGAUCAAUUAAUUUACAAACCGAUUCUGAUCCUGAUUCUGAUAAUAUGGAUAUUGAUGAAGAAGUCUGUGGGGAAUGUGGGAACAUUAUUAGGAGUGAUCCAUUAAUAUGCGAAGGGGAUUGUCAAAAGGCGUUUCACGCGAAAUGCCUCAAAAUCAAACGUUCCCAAAUUCAUCCCGAAGCUAGUUGGCAUUGUCCGAAAUGUUUAUUUUUAUAUGGAACUAAAUUUGGUUUUGAUCCCAGUGAAACGUAUACGUUAAAGGCCUUCCAACAAAUUGCUGAUGAUUUUAGACAAAGGUACAUCAAAAAGCGUCCUGUCCCGCAAGGGGUUAAUAUAGAAGAUCACGUUGAGAAUGAAUUCUGGAGACUAGCAAUGUCUGCUGACCAUGAUACAGAAAUCUUAUAUGGAGCAGAUAAUAGUUCUAUCGAUUAUGGAAGCGGAUUUCCAUGUCCUAAGGCCCAUAGUUCAGAUCCAUAUAGCAGAGAUCCUUGGAACUUACGGAACUUCCCGAAGCUUCCAGGAUCUCUCUUGAGCCACAUCAGACCAGCAAUACCGGGGAUGAUGAUACCCUGGCUAUAUGUCGGCAUGAUGUUUAGCGCUUUUUGUUGGCACGUAGAAGAUCAUUACACAUAUAGCAUCAAUUAUAUGCAUUGGGGCGAAACGAAGACGUGGUACGGCGUCCCAGCAGCAAGUGCUGCGAAAUUUGAGGCCGCGGCUGGAAGACUCUUACCGGAGCUCUUCCAGAAUCAACCAGAUCUAUUGAGCCAAUUGACAACGAUUUUGAAUCCUAAGGCGCUCAUAAGCGAGGGGAUUGAUGUUUUUGCAAUUGAUCAAAGACCAAAUCAAUUUGUAAUAACAUUUCCGCAAGCUUAUCAUGCCGGAUUCAAUCAUGGUUUGAAUUUCAAUGAGGCUGUUAAUUUCGCAUUACCCGAUUGGGUAGAAUUCGGACAAAAAUCCGUGAAUUAUUAUAAGAAAAUCAGACGAGACCCAGUCUUUUCUCACGAAAAGUUACUGGUGGAUAUCGGUCUAAAGAAAAUAAAUAACUUUAAGGUUUUAAGCCGAUUGAAGGAAUCCUUGACUGAAGUCUGUCAGAACGAGCUUUGGCGACGCGAAGAGGUUGCCUCACGGUUUCGUCUUCCGGAAGCCAACUAUGACUUGACCGAUCCGAAAGACGACGAAACACUAUGUAUAACUUGUAGAAGCUGGACUGGAUUAUCAGCCUUACAAUUUAAAUGCACAAAAAAGGUUUUGUGCUUAGAAUGCGCAUGCGUAACUUGUGUGACUGGCGUAACUGACAUGGCUAUCUGUUGCUGUGAAGGUCCAUGCUAUUUUCUUAGAGUUCGAUAUUCGGAUCGUCAUUUAAAAAGUUUGGCACAACGCGUUAAGGAUUUGAUGCAAUUACGUAAAGAUCGUUAUAAAGCUCUCAUCAAACAUGUUAAUAAAGUAAAUACUUUAGCGUUAGAACAACUUGCGCCCAUUGUCGAAAUAAACCGCACAUAUAGGUUCGGUCUUCCUCUAGGUGAUAUGGAAAGUAUAGUUGAUGAUGCUGCGAACUGGGAAAAUAAUUUAACUCUCAUUGCAUAUGAAACAGCGAGAAAUAUCUGGCCGAACGACUAUCAAGAUGUUCCACUGAAUGAAUUUGACAUUACCGACUUUCUUUAUCAUUGGGAUUGCAGACUUAGAAGUGUUUAUCGAGCCGGUGAUGAUCGAAAGAAUUAUUUUUGCUUCUGCCGCGGAGAGGAUUAUGGUGGGAAAAUGAUCUGUUGUGAUAAAUGCGAUGUUUGGUAUCAUUGUGAGUGUAUUAACAUGAAAGCCGAAGAUACUCCAAAUUAUGAGCAUUGGUAUUGUGCUAUGUGUCGUGCACCAAGAACUGCACGUAUUAAGAUCAAUGAAAACGUGAGACGAAUUGAAAUACUAGCAAACGAAGCUGAAAAUCUCCGCAUUAACCUUCCAUGUAUAAGUGCUAGUUUUGUCACUGAAAUUAAUGCAGAGCUGAAAAAGUUAGUUAGUGGUAACGAUGUACAUUCAGUUCGAAUAGGAAUUGGAUUAGGGUUUGGAAUCCCUCUAGAUGGUUCCGUUGAAUCUGAAGAUGAUUCUGAUGACGACAUUGAAGAUAUUGUCUUCAAUCUAAGAAAAUGCGUCGAUGAUGUUGAUUCAAGUAACUUUAUGGAAGAUGAUGAUAACUCAAAAUUUUUUGGAAAUAUUGAGGCAAAUUCAAUAAGCCUCGUAGAAGAUACUGAAGAUAACAUAGAGACAAGAAAACGGAAGUGUGUAGUAGAACCGAUAGAAAGAAAGAAGAGAAGAAGAUAAUAUAACAGAAUGAAUAAUAUUGGACAAUUGAGAGUGCAAUGAAUAGUAUUAUAUUUAAUAGAGCUAUUCAAUGUAUAUAUAAUUUGUACAUAGCAAUAAAGCAUCAUAACGACGUUCAUAUGUUAAUUAGAAGUAAGUAAAAAAACUUCAUCGGUUUUUGUGGGAGCAAAUUUUAGAAAUUUAUUUUUAACAUC